AGAAAAUGCGGAAGUAGCUCGUCGCUGUUCGGCUCGAUUUGUUUUGUUUGUGAUCAGCAGGAUUAAUACUUUAUUUAAUCAGCUCGUUUCACAAUAAAUAAGGAAAUAAAUGAUCUGAAAGAUGUCGCAGGACCUGUGGUUACAGAACUAUGACGCCACGUGCCGACUCGCCCAGGAGAUUGCUGAGAACAUCCAGGAGAGGAACCAACAGCAGAGAACCGGCGGGAACCCGGCCAAGCUGAACAUGACCCUGCGAGCAUCUCUGCAGAAACUGAAGCAGAACAUCACACAGCUGAGGGAGACACUUGUUCGAGCCUCGUCCCAGCGCCGCAUCAUGCAGAGUGAAGCGGACCGGCGCCAGAACCUGGUGGACGAUUUGGUGACGAGGGAAAAGCAGCUGUUCACCGCGUUCAGCCGAGACCCGAGCGCCCCGGAGCCGUCACGCUCCACACUGUUAACAGGGGGAUUUGGGGCGGAGCCUGCACGAAACCCAUGGCUGGUUAACGAAUCGGAGGAGACGAGAGGACUGACUUUCGGCGAGAUCAAAGAGCAGCAGCAACGCAUCAUCCAGGCUCAGGAUGAAGGGCUGGAUGCUUUAGCAGAUGUGAUCAGCAGACAGAAGCGAAUGGGACAGGAGAUCGGAAAUGAACUCGAUGAACAAAACGAGAUCAUUGAUGACAUCACACAGCUGGUGGACACGACGGACAGACGCAUCCACAACGAGACACGUAGAGUCCGUCUGGUGGAAACCAAAUCUGCUUCCUGUGGUAUGAUGGUGGUGAUUGUGUUGCUGCUUAUUGCGAUUGUGGUUGUUGCUGCUUGGCCGACAUGAGCUGACAACGGACACACAGCUGUCAAGCCCACAUGCACAUGCGCGCACACACACACACACACAGUGUUUUAGAACGUGUUAUCACUGUAAGCAUAAACUAAUAAAAAUUUUCUAAUAAACAUUUAACAA